UGAAAUAUUUUAUCUUUAAUGAUAUUCGUUAACUAUCGGUAUCUUUUAUUCAUAAAUAGAAAUUCUAUGAAAUAGUCUUUCACGUGAAUGAGAGAAUUUCUCGUAACUUAGAGACUUAUUUUCUAUGACUAUUCUCAUUCAAUGGCGGAUAAUUGAGAUAUGAAGUACGUAACAAGUGAAGUAUAAUUAAGGAACUUUAUAAAGGAGUCAUUUGUAUGAUAAACAUUGUUACUAUCUUAAACGUAUAAUAAUCAUUGCAUUAAUGUAUAUAUAUUUUAAUAUAAACGUUCAAAGAUGUUCGUGUAUUUUAUAAUAGCAGUCUAAGAUAAUUUGUUUGUUUUUUUCUGAUCACAUGAAGAAAAUAUAAUGUCAAUGAAAUUUCAUUAAAAUUAAUUUCAACAAUUUACGAAUUACUACGUACAAUCAGGAUGUUAAUAUUAAUUGAUAUAUUAAAUAUAUUAAUUACGGAAGAUACACGGAGGACGUAAGAUAACAGGUAGUUGUUAAAGAUGUGUAUGUAUUUAAAAAAAAAAAAAAGAAAAGAAACCAAAAAAUUGAUAAUAUUGGAAACGUAUAGCAAUGUGGGAAGGUCAAAAUAUCAGAGAUGGCAAGCGGGCGUGUGCUCAUCAUUGGUAAAGUGGACAAAAAGUGAAAGGUGAAAUUCAAUGGUGGUGUAACGAAAUUUUGGCAGUAGGAGGACCGGUAUAAAAUGACUGUAGCAUUCUCAAAUUUACCACAGUCGCAUCCAGUCUUCUCUUUCAAACGAGACUAAGUCACAAAAUUCGAUUAGUAAUCAUGAAGAUGAUCAUAGCCUUCUUUGCCGUUUUGGCUGUCGCAUUGGCACUCCCAGCUCCUCAGAAUGUUCACAAAGAUGAAGUUGUGCUAGUUAAGGAAACACCCUCCGACAAUAUCGGUCUUGGUGGUUACAACUAUGGUUACGAACUCUCCAAUGGUCAACACCAUCAAGAAUCCGCUGAAUUGAAAAAUGCUGGAAGCGAAGACGAAGCACUCGUUGUUAGGGGUACCUUCAGUUGGGUUGACCCCGUUACCAAUCAACGAUUUGACGUCUCUUACGUUGCCGAUGAAAAUGGUUUCCACCCACAAGGGGAACACCUUCCGUCAUAAAUAUAUUCCUAUCUACGAACAAAAUCGCUAAACAAUUUUAGGAUCUGAACAAAACAAUUCGAAGAAAAAAAAGAAGGAGAAGAUGAUGAAGAAGGAUCGUGAGAUUAUUCGAUUUGAAAUUUCUUAGUUACCUGAUUAUUCAUUUUUUAAUGAUUACUAUAUUCUCUUCAUUCAACGACUGAGAUCUGUAAGUUUUUAUUAUUUUCAAACAUGUACAAACAAAUUGAUAUUAUUUCAAGAAUAUAAUCGUUUUGAAAGAAUUUAAUGAAAACAAAAUGAGAAAUUCUGUUGUAUCAUACGUUCCAACCCUCUCCGCUUAUCGGAUGACAACUCUGUUCAUAUCGAAAGAGAAGGAAUGAACAAGCAUUUCUUUUCUACUUUUCUUUAUAUUUUCUUUUUCUUUUUUUUUUUCGCAAAUACACCUGCAACACAACAGUUUUCUCCUUACGUUAGAAGACAAAUAGUGGUUCAAGCAUAUAAUAGCUUAGAUUACAAAAUAUAAAUGGCAAUUCUAUUCCUGGAGAAUAACUAAUACUUUCGAGAUGAAAUCGUCUGUAAAACUUGUAGAAUGCCGAUAUCGGGGACAAGGAUCUUCCAACCCUCCCUACCCCCUGCCACCCAUCCCCGAUGAAUAAUUCCUCAAAAGGAAAGGCACUUCGAAAUGUUAAUGUUCAUUUGCCUCAUUAUCUUAUUUUGUUUUUACUUUUAUCUUCUUUUUUUUUUUUUUUUUUCUAUCUUAUUUAUCUUUGUAGUUACGACGCGUUACGAAUGAUUUUUGUUGCCGUUUAAAAUGUUUUCCAAUUGGCAACGCAUUCGUUUCACGAAAUAAAUGGGAUGAAAUAAUCUAAAGUAAUCGUCGAGUUGGAAUAUUAAAAAUGAAUAAAAAAAAAAAAAGAAAAGAAAUUUAUUAAUUUAUUUUUUCAU